AUGUCAAUCGUGGUUGAAACAGAGGCGGGAGACGACUAUGUACGUCGGUGGGCGACGUUCAUACGCACUCACGAGCAGAGACUGGCUGGUGCUGGAUAUGGACGACGGCCGAAUGGGUCCCAGCAGCCCUCGGCCCUUCCCAAUCUCCUCUCUUGGGUCGGACUCGCAUCGGCCCCGGAUCCUGGAAUGGUGCUAACGACAGACCUGCACCAUAUUUUCUACUUGCUCAUGCGAUUCGAGGCUCUGGAGCUCCCCGUUGGUCCUCUCGAAGUCAAACUCCUCAACCCCACUCGUCCUAUUUCCUUUGCUUCCCAACUCGCUACGGGCGAUCGUGCGGACGCAGUAUCCAUUCGGUCGAGCUCGGCCAUGAGUACGAUGUCUAGACUUUCGCUCGGUGGAAGUUGGUGGAGUCGAUCAGAGCCACCGCCUGUUGAUGCGGAGCUCAAGUAUAUCUAUAGCUCAUUCACCAAACUUCCCGCACUCUCGAUCAAGCAGGCCGGUCUCAAGCUUAUUGCCGAACUCGCUCAAGAUCCACUAACCGAUCAGGUCAUCCCCUUUGAUGUCUUCAAGAAUUUACAGAGCCUGGAGCUGCUGGAUGUAGACCCCCGGGCGGUUCUCGGAUGGGAUAGACUAGCAGACAAUUUGCGGAGUCUGACUAUCAAACGGAGUGGAUUAGAGGACGUAUCGGAUAUCCUUAUCGACGCGGUCGUGGAUGAUCCGCUCCGACGAGAGGGCAAGGUUGCUCCUAGGCGCCGACGAAUACACAGACCUUCUUCAUCUACGAGCUCCCGACAGUCCUCCUGGCGCGCCUCCCAGCUACCUCCCACCGUUCCCGAAGAUCCCGUACCAGAACCUUCCGAACCAGAUCCAGAGAACGACGGUAUUCCCCCACCCACCAUAUCGCCACACAAAUGGUCUCGCCUCCGCAGGCUUUCUUUCGCCGACAACGGGCUCACAUUUUUCCCUACUGCACCCCUUGCUAAUCUCGUCAACGUCACACACCUCGACUUGUCUUCUAAUCUUCUCGUUGCUGUUCCUUCAGGCCUCGGCGCUUUAUAUAAUCUAGUUUCGCUUAAUCUUUCUGAUAAUAUGAUCGAAUCGGUAUUGGGUAUUUAUGCUACACUCGGCUCGAUUACGAACCUCGACUUGUCCAAGAACCGAUUGGAGAGUUUGUGCGGUCUCGAACGGCUACGAGCCCUAGAACGGGUCGAUCUGCGGUUGAACCAUGUGGAGGAGAGUGCCGAAGUUGGGCGACUGGUGGGGUUGCCGAACAUUCUUAAUAUUUCAAUACAGGGGAACCCAUUCACAGAGAAUGAGGACGAAUAUCGCGCCAGGUGCUUUGAAUAUUUCCUCAAGGAAGGAAAGUCCAUCACUCUCGAUGGGACUCCGCCCAGCUUCUAUGAACGACGCAGUAUUACGCGCCGAGUCCCAACGUCGUUGCGUCUCUGGGCCGAAGCCUCCGCCACCUCCAAAGAGCAAGCCAACACCGACCUCGACCACUCCGAGCCCCUCUCCAGCUUCUCCCCGCCCCCUAUGACUGCUGCAGCUGUCUCACCAAAGCCUGUCAUCCACCAUCACAACAAGCCUCGCAAACGUAAACCAACUCGUAUCGUUGACCUUGACGAUAUCGGAGAGAGCUCAGGCACAAGCGUGGUCCACUCGCGCGAGACAUCCAACGAAAUUCUGUCCCAUUCGCCUCAAUCAAUAAGCCUCCUCGGCACGGGCACCUCUCCCAAACUAAGCUCCUCACCGGGUUCCAUCCACCGUUCGCGCGAGCGCGGACAGCGACCAACGCCUCACGCAAUGCCUUCCACCAUCCGCGAAGAAACCGAACCCCCUACUCCGUGCAUCGAGGUGAAACCGUCCCGCCCCUCUGCACAUCGACGACAGACCAGCGCGUCUUCGGUGGGUGGCAAACCGAUGGGCAGUAAAGCCGCAAAACGACGAGCUCGCGCUUCUGCAUCUGUGUACGAGCCAGGCCCCACUGUCACCGACGAACAACGAUUCGACGACGCCGAGGCGUUCAGGCGCAAGAUGGAGGCACUUCGUGCAGAGGUCGGGGAUGGUUGGUUGAAGGUACUCAGUCAGCAGCAGCAAGGUGGGAUUGCGUGA